CACAGAAACCGUGGCUGUUGACGCCGUGACGUGCACGUAUGGCGGACGCGUGCAAAACAAAACGCCGCUGGCGCCGAGAACGCCCAGAACGCGGCUUUUCGCUCACAGCUCAUGAAGAGACUCGCAAGCCUUCCGUCGCCACAUUGCGUUCUUUGCUUCAGGAUACCUUUUCGAUAUAGCAACCACAUGCUUUGCUCUCGCUCUCGCUGCAUUCCUUUCUCAAGCGCAAGAUCAGCAAUUCAUCCCCUCCUUCCUCCCCAUCGCUACUUCACCACCUCAAUACCCACCGCUAUGCGAGUUAUUCCCGUUCCAUGUUUAUCGGACAAUUAUGCAUAUGUGCUCGUGGACGAUAACGGCGUAGGACUUGCCGUAGACCCUGUUGAGCCGCGAAAGGUCAUCCCAGUGAUGGAGAAAGAGAACGUGAAGAUAUCGGGGAUAUUGACGACACACCAUCACGCGGACCACGCCGGCGGCAACAAAGGGUUCCUCCACCAGAUCCCAAACAUCCCCGUUUGGGGCGGCGACGACCGGAUCCCGGGGCUCACCGAGAAAGUCGUCGACCGGGCGGCCUUCACGGUGGGCGAGCUGCACAUCACGCCGCUUUAUACACUGUGCCAUACGCUGGGCAGUGUCUCGUUUUAUGUUGAGGAUAAGAAGUCGGGGGAGAAGGCGAUUUUUACGGGGGAUACGCUUUUUGUUGCUGGAUGCGGGAAGUUCUUUGAGGGGACACCAGAGCAGAUGCACAACUCGCUGUAUAACGUUCUGGGGCAGUUACCGGCUGCAACAAAGGUGUAUGUGGGACACGAGUACACAAAGUCCAACCUGAAAUUCGCAGUACACGUGGACGGGCAAAACCCAGCCGUGGUCGCGAAAGCCAAAUGGGUGGAAUCCAACACAUGCACCGUGCCCUCGACGAUCGGCGAUGAAAAGACUUUCAACCCCUUUCUGCGAUGCGAUACGCCGUCGAUUAGGGAGGCCGUGGGGUUGCCGGCUGAUGCGAGCGUGGUGGAAGUUUUGGGGGCGUUGAGGAAGUUGAAGGACUGUUUUUAGGGGCGUGAAUUGCAUCAGCAGGAUCUGCUUCAAGAAGUUCAUUGUAUAAUAGUUUUGCAUCACUGA